CAUUUAUCCACGUGUCUAAUUCUCCCGCUCCGUCCAUCUAUCCGUUAACCUACCCUCUCUCUCUCUCUCUCUCUCUCUCUCUCUCUCUCUCUCUCUUCUGCAACUCCUCCGCCAUUGAACUACAAGCACAAAUCAAAUUUCUUCAUUUCGAAUAAAGAAAAAAAAAAAACACAGUGAAUACGCAUUCAUUUAUCGGAAUGGGGAAGCUACUCUGUGAUUCAACCACCGUCGCCGAACCAUUCCAAGGUUCGCCGCCGGCGGCGCUUCCUUGGAGGGAUCCGAAAUCGCCGCCGCCGAUGGAAGCCAUCGGAACCGUAGAUCUAGUCGUUCCGGCGAACGUGACGGGUAGCACCUUUGCCGGCGGCUGGGAAGACGUUGUCGGCCUGGAGGAGCAGCAGAGGCGCCACCUGCAGAGGCUCCAUGCCAAGGGCGUGCUCUGGAAGCCACCACUGGAAGAGGAAGACUCAUCCUCCUCGUCGCCGUCCUCCUCCGGUCUCAGAUCCGUCGUCUUCAGCCUCUCCCACGGCGGCGAGGUCUCCGCCGACGGGAACUGCCUCUUCACGGCAUCUCGGAAGGCGAUGGGAAGCGAGGACGUGGACGCGCGGGAGCUGAGAAGGAGGACGGUGGCGAGGUUCUUGGAGGAUCUUGGAUCUGCGGGUUUUGAGGAGAGAGACGGGAUCGACGAUGCGAUUCGGCACAUGUACUCGCCGGAUCUGAAAAACGGGUGGGGGAUUCAUGUUGUUCAGGAGGUGAAGUUGUUGGCUAAGAAGGAGGAUCGAUUCGCUCUUGAUUCGGCCAUCGACGAGCUCGUUCACCUCGGCAUGCAAAGAGAAAUGGCGGCGGAGUCUAUUUACAAAGAGAGAUGUAUUCCCGUGAAUGAUGGUCCAAGUUGGGCCAAAUACAUGUUGAUCUCUGGUUCUCCUGAUGAUGAAUAUGAUAUCAUCACUUUGCAAUAUACUGAGGAGGGUUUGUUAUCUGUAGAUGAGAAUAGAGGAGGUCGUGCCGCAGCUUUCGGAGAUGAUAUUGCAAUUGAGUGCCUUGCUACAGAGUUCAAACGAGAGAUAUAUGUGGUUCAAGCUCAUGGUUCAGAUGCCAUGGUUGAUGAAGAAAAUUGCGUUUUCUUCCUUCCGCAUCGUCCAAGGAGCCAAAUUACAGAACUUCCCUUCUUCCUCUUUAUGAAAGGAACAGGUUGGUGCGGUGCUGGAGCCGACCACUAUGAGCCCCUGAUUGCUCAUCCAUCCUAUCUUGUUUCCCAAGAAAAGGUUGCUGUGGUACUGUAAGGCUUCUGGGCCUGCAAUUUUGUGGAGUAGAGGUUGAGUAGAAUUAGAAUUUCUUCACCCUAUUUAUGGCCCCUCUUAAAAUGUUAGGCCUGCAAUCUGGUUCUGCUGAGUACUGAUUUUGGUCCCCAGGAGAAUCUCAUUCUGUAGCAUUUAUUUUGUUACUGACAUUUAGAAUCAAGCAUCUUUGACUCCCUUGACAUUUGACAAGCAGGUUAGCCUGCAGUUUGAGCAACCCUAGAGUAUUGUAAUAGUUUCACCGGCUUCUGUUUUUGUUUUUCCUGUUGUUGAGUUGAUUAGAGGGUUACACCGUCUAGGUAGUGAUGUGUUGUUGUUCAAAUUGGAAGAGUUGUAUCUCAGUGGAUUUCGUCACAUUAAUGAAGUGGCUUCUUUUCUGGGCUUCUAUAGUCAUUGCAUUUUCAUCGCAUUGCAUUUUAUGGGCUUCUUUUUGCCGUCACAUUGAAGUGGAUAAUGUUGCAAUUGUAGUUCUCGAAAAAAUUCAAGGUGCAUAUGUUGUUCAGUGCGACGGUAGUACAUUUUUAC